AUGGUUGCGGAGCAUUUUCAGACGACGUUACCGAAAGGCGUUAAACAAAAAGUAAAAAAGGCGAAACCUGUUGGACCAAAACGGGGACAUAACCUUUAUAUACCACCUAAGAAGCAGCAUCUGAUGCAAAAAGACAAAGUAGCUGCAGAAGUAUCCAAAAUCAUCAAUGAGAAGAACGAGGAAAUGGUAAAAAAUCAGGCCAAUGGUGCUGUUGGUCGAAGCAAAGCUUUCAAUGCAGAAGGGGAGAAACCGAUGGAUCUAAUAGCACAUUUCACGAAGCAAACGACGAAACAAAGGCAGUUAAUGUUCGACCAGGUGACAUCUUCGUCCAGAAUCCAGUGCAAGUCGUUUUUGGAAAAUCGGGUAAGUAUUGCAACGUUCCAUACAUAA